GUCAGCCAGUCAGCCAUUCAGUUAAGCCGACAGUCCGAUAGUCACUCAGCUAGUCAACCACGCAGCGUGCAUACGCAGCAGGUACCUACGUACGUUGUGUGCCGUAAAUAAGAUUCGUCGCAUCUACCUACUUCUCCUACCUACUGGCACUAUUGGAGCGCCCAAAAACAAACUGAUCGCAGCAAAAAAUAAAAAUCAUCUGCAGCAACCACAACAACAAUAAGAACAAGCAAGUGUAAGAUAUACAUACAUAUGUAGCAACAAUUGAAGUCGCACAAUUCAUUCAGCCUGAGCUGAUAUCUGAUCGGCUGCGAAUACAUGCAUAUGUAUGUAGAUAGACCCAUACACACAAGCAUAGUUUAGUGCUCGGAGAGUUAAGAGCGUGAUCCUGCAAAAAGUGAAACUCGGAGCAAAAGUGAAAAAAGGAACACUUUGAAAACUGGACUUGAGUUUGUGGUAAACGAAUUGAAAAUAAAUGAGCAAAAAAAUACGAUAUGUAUGUAUGUACAUAGGUGUUGAAAGCAGAUAUUAAAAAAUUAUAAAAUCUCUCAAAAGUUUGCUAGUGGAAUAAGAAUGAAAAAUUUGGAGCACUUGCAAAGUACCUAACUUCGCAAAAUAUGUACACAUAAAGGCAAAUAAAUAGUUACUAACUUAAAAAUAGUUCUCAAGAUCUCCGACCUAAACCAAAAAAAAUAAAAAAUUAAUAAAUAAAUACAAAAUCGAUGCAAAUCCAAAUUCAAACAUAACUGCAAUUUUGAAUUACGCCUUAUUUUAUUUCAAAUUUAAAUUUAAUCGAUUGACGUAAAUAUUACAACUAGAAAUUGCUGAUUGGAAGACGCUUAUAAAUUAGGAAUCACUAAAAUAGUUUUUCAUUGAAAGAAAGAGAGAGAGAAAUUUAAGUGAAAAGUAUAAAAUACAAAAAAUUAAAUUUAAGUAAAAUCUAUAUUUGUUCUGUGAGAGUUUAGAAGCUGGCAAAAUUAAUUUAGAAGCUUAACUAAACAUUUUAUAUAGAUUACAAAAAAACCAUUCCGGUGAAAAGUUAGUCUUUGUAAAUUUUACGCACACGAAAAUUGUGAACUUUGUGAUUGUGCUACAUCGAUUGUGCUCAGUGAUUGCCAAAGGUAAAAAAAAAAUUGGGCAAGUUGAAUUCACAUAAAAAUAUGAAAUAAAAACUUAUCUCGAAAUCCAGUGCUUACAAAAUCUUCUGAAAAUAUUUCAGCAAAAGCGGAAUAAUAUUUUUAUACCACAAAAUUUUUGUAACCGUCAAAAUACCUAUCGUCAAGACCGCGGUACAUCAACUACCCACAACUCGGAACCUGUCGCACUUCAGCUUCAAUCGUCACCAAUUUGCUGCCUUGGUUUUUGCGACACUCGCAGCUGAGCUUAUCUGGCGGUUUAGUCAGCUAGAUAUGCAUACACAAUAUGGAACUUGCGAUUUGUAAAACAGAGUUGCCAACUACCAGAUUUAUGCUACCAACUUCACCGGCCGCCUUCUAUCAGAAGAAUAACGCUCACUUCAGUGAGAUAUUAGGUUUCAAUACAAAUUAUUUAUUUAAUAAAAAUAAUACAAGCAAUUGUAAUAGUAGUGACAAUCAUAAUAACAACAACAAUAACAACAGUCAUAAUAAUAGUGCCAGUGUUAGUGCUACGUCUAGUCAAAUCAAUACUAAUCAAAAUAUUAGUGUUAAUAACAAUAAUUCAAUUUUGAGCAAUAGCAACAACAACAACAACAACAACAACACCAACAAUAGCAGUAUGCGCCUGAAAAAGAAUCGGAGAGUGACUUUCCUGAAGAAUCUGAUUGAGACAAAUAUCCGCAUCAAAGAAGAGCCCGAUGAUGGCACCAAAGACAUACCACCGCCGAUGUGCAGUUUAUCGGAUAUGUCCGAUCAUGAGGCGUCAAUCGAUGUUCCAACACAAAUUCCACCACUCACACCAGGUACAAAUCGAAAGGUAGCCGAAGUGUUGAAAGCCUCUUUCGCUUCAUGGGAGAAGGAGGUGCAGAACUGCAAUAUUACCAAAGAUCCCCGCGAAUGGACGGAGGAACAUGUCAUCUAUUGGCUAAACUGGGCAAUCAAAGAGUUCUCGCUGGUCUCAAUGAAUUUGGAGCCGUUUAUAAAAAUGAAAGGACGUGAUAUGAUUGAAUUGGGCAAGGACAAGUUUCUAGCGAUAACGCCGCCAUUUACUGGCGAUAUUUUGUGGGAACAUUUAGAUAUACUACAGAAAGAUUGUGAGAAAAGCGGUGUAGAGGAUGUUGUGAAUGCGCAACAGAAUGCCUAUGAGGCGGCCACUACAGCGUCAGUUUGUGGAUCAGAUCAUCAAGUGGGCAGUUAUUUAGGUAAUAGCGGUAGUAAUAAUAACAAUAGCAACAACAACAACAACAACAGUCACAGAUUAGCACCGGAUUAUACAACACCGCCCGCCAGUGACAAAAGUAGUUUCAAUUCACCGUCGGUGCAUCACAGUGGCUACAGUAGUAAUCCGCACGAUCAUAGUAACAACAGCCCGCCCCCGCAAACGCAGCAGCAGCAGCAGCAGCAGCAGCAACAACAAUCGCAAAAUGCGAACAGCAAUGCAUCACUGCUCUCUCAUGCGCAACAGCAACAGCAGCAGCAACAACAACAAUCCCAGCAGUCCAACAAUCCCGCCGUGAAUAGCAACGCGCCAGGCGUUAACGCCAACCAGUCGGGCGGUCAAACCCCCAGCCACAACAACAACAAUAGUGCCAAUUUGAAUUACAUGCAAAUGGCGAUACGAAACUCUGCUGCUGCCGCAGCACUGUACACCCAACAUCAGAUGAAAGAGGAACCUGGCACACAAAAUACAUCCUCAUAUUCAAGCCUCGGCAGUGGCAGCAGCAAUGGCCAAACCGAUCCCGCUGAUCUCUCCGUUUCAUCCGUUUACGGUCUACCCGCGCAUCUGGCCGGUGCUGCAGCUGCGGCAGCAGCGGCUGCCGCUUCAGGUGUACACUACGAUGACAACGACUAUCAUAGCACGCUUUCGUCGCAAGAGCAUCCGAGUUAUCAGGAUAAUUCCGAUUUCUAUGGCAUUACAGCGUCGAGCAACGAACAAAAAUACAAUGCAUAUGGUCGAUCACCAUUUCCCGAUGCAUAUGGCUCCGAGUAUGGCGGCUACGAUCCAACACGAUUCCCAACAAUGGCCGGGCAAUCGCCGGUCGAUCAAUGGGGAGUGCAUCAUGCGGGCCAACAUUCAGCGUCGUAUAUGAAUACGAUGAGUUUGGAGAAGGCGCUGAUGGGAGCGUACCCCAUGCAAGGAGGUGUGCCAUGUUUUACCGGCUCUGGGCCCAUACAGCUGUGGCAAUUUCUAUUGGAAUUGCUAAUGGAUAAGACAUGUCAGGGCUUUAUUUCGUGGACGGGCGAUGGCUGGGAAUUCAAGUUAACCGAUCCAGAUGAGGUCGCUCGUCGCUGGGGUAUUCGCAAGAAUAAACCAAAAAUGAACUAUGAAAAACUCAGCAGAGGUCUACGUUACUAUUACGAUAAAAAUAUUAUCCACAAGACAGCUGGCAAGCGCUACGUCUACAAGUUUGUUUGUGAUCUACAAAAUCUGAUCGGCUAUACACCGGAAGAAUUGUGUGCUAAAUAUGACCUCAAGACGGACAAGAAAGACGAUGAUUAGAGCAUUGAUUGAGGGCAGUACGCCAAGGCAAACGAUAAAUUAGCCGUGACAACAGCAACGAGCCCCCAAGCCACCCACAUAAAUUACAUAAAGUUCGCUGUGAGAAAUAAUGUAAGGUUCGCGAAUGCCAAAAGCUGUGAGAUCAUCAACCUACAUACGCCGCGUUCGGUUGAAGUCACCAAUGUGGAUGGUUAGCAGGAAGUGUGGUGCAGAAAGUGCGGUGCGCGUUCAUGUAAAUGUGGAUUCUUCCGAAUGUGCUUAAUUUUUUAAAGUACAUUAAUGCUUUACACAUACAUACAUAUUUGCUUAAACACAUGCAUAUAUACUAUA